CCUGCUUGUCAGGGAGUCUGCUUCUCCUGCUGAACUCUCUCCUUACAUGCUCUCACUCUCUCGUUCUCUCUCUCAAAUAAUAAAGGAGAAGAAGAAGAAGAAGUCUGGUUUAUUGUUUUCCUUAGCUCUCCUCUGCUUGCGAUCCGGCGGUUGCGUAGCGCAACGCCAUUCCCAUACCCUGUGUAGCCUAGAGACUGCAGGCGCCACCGACUUUACACCCUCCGGGAGUGCCUGGGGAGAGGACACCAGGCCGCAGUUGGAGGCAGAGUUAUGCUGGCGCCUGGCAACCCCAGCGAACCUCUGGAGUAAGGUUCCAGAGGAGCUCGAAAAGAAAAAGCGGCUCAAGGUCUAGGGACCCAGCUCUCCGCCGGAAGUUUUGCCUUGCGGUUUGAGCACUUCCUGUUUGGUAACUAAGGGCGCGGGACGGUUGCUAGGGCUGCGGCGGUGAUUACCUCGGAGCUUUGCUGGGGUCGGGGACCGCCUGGCGCCGGGCUCCUCGGCUGUACGGGAGGACGGAUCUUUCUUCCGCAGCCUGUCGGAGGUCCCCUAUCGGCUUGCCACCAUGAGUAGCGAAUUCUUGGCGGAGCUGCACUGGGACGAUGGGUUUGCUAUCCCGGUGGCAAAUGAGGAGAACAAGAUACUGGAAGAUCAGUUGUCAAAGCUGCAAGAGGAAAGGUCGAGCUUGCAAGACCAGCUACGUGACUAUGAAGAUCGAAUUAAUGCUAUGACUUCUCACUUCAAAAAUGUUAAGCAAGAAUUUUCAUUUACACAGUCUCUUUGUAAAGCGAGGGAGCAUGAGAUUGAAAGUGAAGAACAUUUUAAGAUCAUUGCUGAAAGAGAACUGGGACGAGUGAAGGAUGAAAUCCAACGACUGGAAAAUGAAAUGGCUUCAAUACGGGAAAAGAAAAGUGAUAAGGAAAACAACAUAUUUAAAACUACUCAAAAAUUGGAUGGUUUGAAAUGUCAGAUGAACUGGGACCAGCAAGCAUUGGAAGCCUGGUUAGAAGAAUCAGCUCAUAAAGAUAAUGAUGCCCUCACUCUUCAGAAGUAUGCACAACAAGAUGAUAAUAAAAUUAGGGCAUUGACCCUGCAAUUAGAAAGACUGACUUUGGAAUGUCAUCAGAGAAGAAAGGUACUUGACAAUGAACUUACAGAGACUCUGAGUGCACAGUUAGAAUUGGAUAAAGCGGCACAAGAUUUUCGUAAGAUUCAUAAUGAAAGACAAGAACUCAUUAAACAGUGGGAGAACACAAUAGAGCAGAUGCAGAAGAGAGAUCGAGACAUUGAUAACGGUGCCUUGGCAUUAACAAGGAUAAAGCAGGAAAUACGAGAAAAAGAAAAUUUGGUUAAAGAAAAGAUCAAGUUUUUGGAAAAUGAGAUUGGGAAUAAUACAGAAUAUGAGAAAAGAAUUUCUGUUGCUGAUCGUAAACUUUUAAAAUGUAGAAUGGAGUAUCAGCGUCAUGAAACAAACAGAAGUCAGCUGAAAGAUGAGCUGGAUUCUUUAAAAGCCACUGUGAAUAGAAGUUCCAGUGAUUUAGAAGGUAUAAGGAGAAAUAUUUCCAAAAUAAAGAAGGACAUUCAUGAAGAAACAGCAAGGUUACAGAAAAUUAAAAAUCAUAAUCAGAUUGUGAGAAAAAAAUUAAAGCAGAUAACUGAGAAAACAAUGUCUGUAGAAGAGAAAGCUACCAAUUUGGAAGAUAUGCUAAGGGAGGAGGAAAAAAAUGUAAAGGAAGUGGAAGUUCAGUUGAACAUAGUGAAAGAGGUGCUAUUUAAGAAAGUUCAGGAAUUACAGACUGAGACAAUGAAAGAAAAAGCUGUUGUAUCAGAAAUCGAAGGAACUCGGUCUUCUCUAAAGCACCUCAACCAUCAGUUACAUAAACUGGAUUUUGAAACCUUGAAGCAGCAAGAAAUUAUGUACAGUCAGGAUUUUUACAUUCAACAAGUGGAACGCCGAAUGUCACGGUUAAAAGGAGAAAUUAAUUCAGAAGAAAAACAAGCCCUUGAAACAAAAAUUGUUGAACUUAAAAAGAUUUUGGAAGAGAAAAAAUCUACAUUUGGCCUCUUGGAAACACAGAUCAAGAAACUUCAUAAUGAUCUUUACUUUAUCAAGAAGUCAAAUAGUAAAAAUUGUGAUGAAAAACAGUUCCUCAUGACCAAAAUAAAUGAACUAAACCUUUUCAAUGACAGAUCAGAGAAAGAACUUAAUAAAACCAGAGCUUUGAAACAGGAUUUGAUGAUAGAAGAUAAUCUUUUAAAACUUGAAGUUAAACGUACUCGAGAAAUGCUUCACAGUAAGGCAGAAGAAGUACUUUCUCUGGAAAAAAGAAAACAGCAGUUACACACAGCUAUGGAAGAACGAAUCGAAGAAAUUAAGGUUCACAAAACAAUGCUUGCAUCACAAAUAAGAUAUGUUGAUCAAGAACGGCAGAACAUAAGUGCUGAGUUUCAUGAGAGGCUAAGUAAAAUUGAUAAGCUGAAGAACAGAUAUGAAAUUCUUACUGUUGUUAUGCUGCCUCCUGAAGGAGAAGAGGAGAAAACACAGGCCUAUUAUGUGAUAAAGGCCGCUCAAGAAAAAGAAGAACUUCAAAGGGAAGGUGACAGUUUGGAUGCUAAGAUCAACAAAGCUGAAAAAGAAAUCUAUGCUUUAGAAAACACCUUGCAAGUGCUGAGAAAUUGCAACAACAAUUACAAACAAUCUUUUAAAAAAGUCACUCCAUCCAGUGAUGAGUAUGAACAAAAAAUCCAACUAGAAGAACAAAAAAGAGCUAUUGAUGAAAAAUACAGAUACAAACAAAGACAAAUCAGGGAACUGCAGGAAGAUAUCCAGAGCAUGGAAAAUACUUUAGAAGUUAUAGAACAUUUAACAAAUAGUGUCAAAGAAAAAUUAUCAGAGAAGCAGGCUUAUUCAUCUCAACUAAAUAGAGAAACUGAGGAGCAGAAGCCAAAAUUAGAGAGAGUAACUAAACAGUGUGCAAAACUCAUCAAGGAAAUCCGACUUCUGAAAGACACAAAAGAUGAAACACUAGAAGAACAAGACAUCAGACUUCGUGAAGUAAAACAUUUCCACAAGAUCAUUGAUGAAAUGCUAGUUGAUGUCAUGGAAGAAAAUGCUGAGAUCCGUAUUAUCCUUCAAACAUACUUUCAACAGAAUGGUUUAGAACUACCUACAGCUGGUCCAAAAGGCAGUCGCCAGAGUUCUAGAUCUCCUUCACAGACUUCACUGUUAUCAACAAGGUCAUCGAGAAGUACCACAAGUACUACCUCUCAGACUUCAAUUAAAGUAUUAGAGCUGAACUUCCCUGCCUCCUCUUCAGUGACUGACAUUUCUAGGCCGCCAAGUGCAACCAGUAGCUCCAAUAAUGAUAAAAACAAAAAGGACAGCAAAUAAAUAUUUCAACCUCUUUGUAUAAGUUGUAAACACAAAAGCAAAAAUCUUACUUUUAAGAUAGUGAAUUCCACCCUACGCUUUUGGGUGCUGUGGAGUGAUGAGAGGCCCACUGAGAUCAUGUUAGAAAUAUGCAAUAACUAGAUGAAAGUUUACUUAGUGGAAAAUGUGAAACAGUUAAAAAAGUCAAGCAAUUUAGGUUUCACAUAUGACAAAGAAAUGCUUAAUUUCCUUAGCCUUUGCCAUACUAUUUUCUUCACAGAAAAGGAAAGCAGUAACAGCAGAUUCUUUAACAAGGCUACAUGUUUUAUAAGCAGAGAAAAUGAUGUUUUUCACUGUUAUUUUGAUGUUUGUUAGAUUAGAAAACACUUUGCUUCAGUUAUUUCAUGCUAGCCAUGAAACAACUUCAGUUCUAAUGUGACAUAGUGUUUCUGGAAAUUUGUUAAGAUUUGCUGUCCUGUGAUAGUUUAUAAUACUAAAAUUCUCAUUUACCCUAGAAAAUCCUAAAAUUAGGUUUGCUUUAGUCAGAGAAACAUGUUUCUUGGGCUUUGGGGGGAGAAGUCUUUUUGUUUCUUCUUUCGGUAGGAUUCUAAAGAUUUUAACCCCCAAAUAGCAUUUAUUUCCUCCCCCAAAAAAAACAAUAGGAAAGAGCACUGCACAUUAAUAAAAAUGCAGCUUAAAUUUCUAGGAAUUACUUAAUUCUGAUCUUGAAAGAAGUCAAACACAUUAUUUUGUUAAGAUACAGCCAAGCAUAAAGAGUUAAGAAUGUACUUUCAACCUUUCUUCCCCAGGACAUUCUUGUAGUAGACAAAGAACUAGGUGUGAUUUGAUUUGCAACAGGAAUCCCAUAAAUUUACAGUGGAGGUAGACCACCAGAUUUAGAAUGUUACUCCAUUUAAUAUACUAUAAAACACGAGCCCAAUAUUUUCAACUCUUGGAGAGUGUGGAGUAUGAUUAUAAAACUGGCUUUUAAGUAAAUCCUUAGCUAUAUAUACUUAGAAACUAUAUACUUAACUAUUUCUCCUUCAACCCUCAAAAGAAUUUGUCACAACCGUUGUUAAUUAUUUAGAAGUGUCAUUUACAGUUCCUUCUGAAAGGCAGAAGUUGCAGUAAACCUGUUUGUGCUGAUUGUUAUUUAAGUAUCUUAUUGUUUUUAGAAAUAGCCAGCGAAUGCUAUAACCAAAUCCAAUGAGUAAAAUAUUUUUGUAAAAUAUGGUUCUAAAUGCGUAAGAUUUUUAAGAUCGAAAAACUGAUUAAUUUUAUGGUCAUUUUGUGUGUUUGCUCAAGUUAUUAUUCUCUCUGCCCUGUAUUACUUUGGAAAUUACUUGGAACUUGCAAUUCAAUAUUAAACACUGUUUUACCGAGGCAGGGAUUGUCUUACUAGCUCUAUGACCUUGGCAAAGUUGCUUCUCUAUGCUUUCUUCCUUGUCAUACUGAGACAGUAAGAAUUACCUACACAAGUUUACUGAAAUGAUCAAAUACAUACAAAAUGUACAGGUCCUGGCAUAAGAACUGCACAGUAACUUCUAUUACUGAGUUACCACCCAAAGGCUAGCACAGUAUUUGUGAAAUGGUUCUUUUGGUUCUGGGCCAGCAUACAAGUCUAUUUAACUCUCUUAAACAAACAGUUCCAACCUUGUAUGUGUAAUAAUGCUAAAUUUGGUGACACAGGGAUCAAACCCAUUAUCUCCAAAUGUGGAGUUAUCUUAACAUCUACCUAUUAUGUUAGAAAAUUAUUUGUGGGAGUCCAGACACAGUCUGGGUGUGUACAAACUAUAGACAUAAUGAUAAGGAAAGAAACUGCUAAAGAUAAUUACUAACAAUUCUUGGUAAGUCAGUCCUCCAUAUUCUUUUGCUGUGGUGGGUUUCCUGAACACAUCCUUAGAAACUGGCUUGUAUACUCUGAAGUUUAGUUAUGUUCCAGGAAAGAAACUCUGGGGAAGAUGGAAUUCCUAAGUUCAGGCAGGCUUGUAUUAGGUACUAUCCUAGUUGUCUGGUAUAUGAAUGUAACAUUAAGUCACAAAGACACCUUAGAAAAUUAUAGUGCUGAUUGAUAGUGAUGCUCAGAGAUUUUAGUAAAUGUGUACAUAAAAUACUGAAGAUGUACUAGCAAUUCCUAAAGGUCAAAGACCAUGUUGAGAUACUGUUCACUCUUUACAAAAACCACUAUCUAUGUAGGUCUAUGUAGGAAUGAUACAGGAACUAUUAAUACACAGAAAGAACCAGGGACUCUUUUAAGAAGAGUUUCUUGUACAAAGAUGAGUGAGUGACUUUUCUACCGCUAUUACCCAUAGUUUUUGACCAGUUUCUCUGUUCCACUGUAAAACAAACUUUAGCUUUUCCAUUUGGCUGCCAACGCUUAAGUCUGAAGUCCACAAACAGGACACAACUGGUCAGAAUGACUUAAAGAGGUAGCAUUAAAGGCCUCUUGUCACUUACACUGGAAUCUGAAAUUGGAAAGAUUCUAAAGAUCAUUAUAAAUCAACAACCAUGACUCCUAUGUCUAUCUCCAAAUCUCUGUUUUCAAAUUUGGGAGGAUUUUUCAUAAUCUUUUUCAGCUAUAGUUGCUGGAAUUUGAGUAAAACCAGGCUUUUUUGGCCUUGUCAUUUAACCAGACCCUAAAAAAGGAGGUAUCAAGGGAACUGUCAGGAAAGAUGUAUUAAGAAAAGAGGAAAGGGCGCCUGGGUGGCUCAGUGGGUUAAGCCGCUGCCUUUGGCUCAGGUCAUGAUCUCAGGGUCCUGGGAUCGAGUCCCGCAUCGGGCUCUCUGCUCAUCAGGGAGCCUGCUUCCUCUCUCUCUCUGCCUGCCUCUCUGCCUACUUGUGUGCUCUGUCAAAUAAAUAAAUAAAUAAAAUCUUUAAAAAAAAAAAAAAAGGAAAUGUAAGCCAGCUGUAGGCUAAUUAUAAACAUGCCCGGUGCCUUCCCAACUGGACAUACGCAAUACUAGGACAGUUUCCCAAUUUUCUUUCCCUUAGGAGAAAACCAGAUUUAUAGUGUUUCUCUUGUCACUGCUGUUUUUGAUAAAAGGAUUCUUUUUUUAUUCUGACCUAAUCUUGCCUGGUAUACAGUCCCUAAGUCUUGCCAAUAUUUAAAGUUAAGAAAUUUCUUAGGGCUAUACUGCUAACAAUAAGGUUUAAAAAGAGAGAGAGAAAAGCAAAAUGAGUCCCUAUUCAACUUUUCAUGGCUUUAUUCCUAAAGUACUUGUUAAGCUGGCACAAAAAUCAUUUUUAAUUAAAUCAAGCUUUAGAAGUCAAUUAGGCAAGACAGGUAAUCGGUAUAUAAUCUUAGAAGUUAUACAAAAAGUUUUGAUAUUUAAAUAAAUGAUCAAUAAUAAAAUGGUACUUAAGGAACAAUCAAAUACUGUGUAUCUCUUUCAAAAGCUGAGGGAAAAGAAAAUUUAACAGAAAAGACAAUGAAAUAAUUUUUGAAGAAAACAAUCCAAGUGUUCAAUGAACAAAUUUAAUUUUUUCUCAAGCAGCAGGAUAAGGUGAACCCAAGGAAUUCUCAUACACUAUAAUACAGAGAGGAGGCAAUACUUUGAGAAUUAUUUUUAGGUGAAGUUUAAAUCAUUACAGUAAGAAAUAGUAUAUGGAAACAUACACAUGAAAAGCCUAAAAAAUCAAGCUGUGAGGAGACCCACAACUGAAUCAAAUAUACUUUGAGAACAGCUAAAAAGUAUCUGCUUUCUGUAGUCUCUACAAAUAGCUUUAGGAGCAGAGAUUCUUCUAGACUAGAAGACCUAAAACUUUCAUUAACAGCCUUUGUGUAAUGGUGCUGAAUCCCCCGGCAUAUUAAUUUUUUGGCUUAUUUCCUUUUUCUUUCUCAAAUGCAGCUAUCUGAUUAAAUAUAUUGAGUAAAUUUUGAGGUAAAUUUUUUUUAAUUCCACUUUCUGACUGCUCUUUUCUAUUUAGUCCAUCUGCUUCUGGAACCUCUGUUUUAAUGUCCUCCUCAUAACUACUCUCUACUUCAUAUUCUCCUUGAUUUUUAUUUAAUGGAUAUCUUUGCUCAUGUCUACUGAAAUCACGUGAUCCAGAAUAACUGUAUUUUUUAUAUUUUUCAACUGACUUACAAGAGUAGUCUGAGCUUGCUGGUGAAGUGGAAUGCCUCACGGAACCUGGCUCCCACCUUCUAUAGUGCUCUUUUCUUCCCUCUGUAUCUUUUUCAAGUCUUCUAUAACCGUAAGUUUUCACUUUGUCCUCUGAAUUCCUGUAAAAGGAAUCUGAGUAAUCUCUUUUACUGGAAAAAUGUUUUUCUGAUUUAUAUGGUUUUUCAGUUUUGCUACUACUUGCCUGAGUAUAAAAAUCUCUUGGAUCUUCAGACCUACCUCCAAAAUCAUCCGGUAUUUCAACUGAAGAUGAAGAGAGAGGGCAUCUAUCUUUCUCUUUUACCUGUUUCUUUUGAUAUGGUAACCUGUCCUGCUUUUCCAGUAGUUUUUCCACUUCUUGUUUUUGGUUAAGAAAAGAUGCUAAAGUAUUGGCUGGAACUGGGAAGCACUCAUCUUUCCUACUCUGAUCUAUUUGACUUGAGGAGGCCUUAGCUAAAUGCCUUUUGGAACUUCGAGAAGACUCUGAACGGUUCUUCUUAUGCUUCUUAUGCCUUUUGUGACCAGAAGAGGAAGAGGAUGAUGAUGAAGAAUCAGAUUCAUCAGCAGAAGAAACACUUGAAGAGGAAGAAGUUGAUUUUCUUCUUUUCUUCUUUAGCCUAAAAAAUAUAGUUAGCCCAUCAAAUAUGUUAAGUACAAAAAUGUUUCUUGAUUAUCCAUAAAGAUUCUAGUUCUACUUUGUUCUCUUUAAAGGUUUCAUAAAAGCUGUGGCUUUAGAUAAGUGAUUACUGUAAAUCGCAGUUACUACAAUAUCCAAUUUUACUAUCACUCAUGACUUCUGGGAAAAAAAAAUACCGUGUAGAUAACUGUCAUUGAAAGCAGAUCAUUAUUUCUGAAGAGACAGUCACAUUUCCAACAUUUUCAAAAAAAUUUAAGUCCAUCUGAAUGUAUGAAGGAGAGAAACGUAAGUUUUAUAUCUGCUACCUCUAAUAGUUUCUCCACCUCAGCACUAUUGACGUUUUCACCUGAGUAAUUCUUUGUUAGGAAGGCAGGGUGAUGGUAGAGGCAGGGGUAUCACUAUAGGAUGUUUAGCAGCAUCCCUGACCUCUAUCUACUAGAUGUUAGUACUACUUCACCAGUUAUGAUGACCAAAAAUGUCCCUGGGGGAAAAAAGGCACCCCCAGUUGAGAACCACUGCUCUAGUUCUAAAACACUUCUCCCCAAAUACAGAUAAUUAAAAUAAUCUAUUAUAUAUUUUAAGAUUUUUCUUUUUUGGGGGCAGAAUUUUACCUUUAGAUUCCACUUUGCUUUCUUUCUUUUACAGAAAAAUUUGUGGUACACAUACUUAUGAUGUAUCACUGGUUAUGUUAAUACUUUUUUUUUUACUUACUUUAACCUCCAUAUGGCACUGUGGUUCAACUCAGUAGCUGCUUUAAGUUAAAAAAAUACUAAAUAUUAUAGUUUACCUUUUCUCCUCUUUUAAGAGCUUACGCAACUUUUCUGCACUUGUUUCUAUUUUCUUUGUUUUCUGCUUUUCUUCCUUCUCAGCUUGUUUUUCUCUUAAUUCCAAAGAUUUCUUUUAGAACCCAGAUAUCGGAAAAAACCACACGUUAAAAAUAGCAGAAUAUAUAAAACCCAGUUUCCAAAAGACCCCCCCCACCAGAAACCAAAUGGGGUACACCCAAAUCACCAUAUAUCCAGCAUUAAGUAUUUUUAACAUGUAAAAAUUAAUCAUACAAGUGUUUGGCAUUAAUCAUUGGAAUAGCCAGAACAGCAUCGAGGACCAUAUUGCAGUUGGUAUUCCAUGAAAAAAGGGGAAGCCAUUGCAUUGGUACCCAUGACCCAGAGUGCAAGAAAGGGAAAAAAAUAAAAUAAAUAAUACAUGAAAAAUUAUUUUUUAAAAAAAUUGAAAAAUUUAGACAGGAUGCAAAUUUAUAAAAUAAAAUUCAAAUAAAUUCCAUUAAGGUGAAUUGAGGGAGGAACCACCAUGUUCAAAUACAAACCAUUUAAAAAAUAGCACAGCCCAGUUGGACGCAUGAUUACAUAAGAAAUCAUUUUCCAGUUUGAGGAUGGGGAUGAGCAGCACCAGAUGUCACAGACACAGCAGCAAUGGUCCAAUUCAGAAGAAAAUGCAUGAGAAAACAUCAUCAUCAGUAUUACAGGAAAAGGCAGUUUAAAAUAUUUCUCAAAGAGAUAUUUAUAAUUAGCUCAAUUAUAGCAACAGCACUGAAUUUGUAACUACUAGGAAAGCUCACUACAAGGAUAGUUCGGAAAACCACAUACCACAUGCAGGCAGUAGGAAUUUCUCAUAGGGCUAUUUUUACUUUUGGGUACCAACUACAAAGGAACUAUGAAGUACUGUCAAACCCAAGUAGAAGCUGUAUCUAAAAAGACAGUUUUCAUAAUGUCUUGACUAAGUAAUCUAGAAUAGUAUUCCUUGUAAGAAAGUUAAGUUUGGGUAUCAAUUUCAAGUAUCACUAAAUUUCUAAGAGGAAAUAAAGAAUCACCUGCAUAUAUUUAUGAAGCUUCUGCAAAGCAUCCUCUGCAUCUUUAAAAGUCUCAUCCAAAGCCAAAGCUUUCUUAUAGUAACUUUCAGCAUUUAAAAACUUUUCUUCUUCUUCUAACCUAAAUUUGAAACAAA